AUGGCACCCCUCAAGCCCCACUGGAUUUCGCCCUCGCACCCCGAGAUCCAAGAAGUCAUCAUCAACGAGGCCGAGUUCACCUCCAUGUCCCGCUCCCGCGUGACCCUGCCCCCCUUCGCCCUCUACGCCAAAAUGUCAUUCCCGCCCUGCACCCUGGCCGAGGAGCCGACCUACGCCACGGUGCAGAUCGGCCGGGACCGACACCUGAACCUCAACAGUGACCUGUUGUACAUCAACCACUCGUGCGACCCCUCACUCAUCUUCGACACGGCCAACCUGGCCAUCCUCGUCGGGCCAAAGGGGAUCCGAGCCGGCGAGGAGUUAACCUUCUUCUACCCGUCCACCGAGUGGCGCAUGGCCCAGCCCUUUGCUUGCCUGUGCGGUGCUGCCACUUGCCGCGGAACCAUCUCGGGCGCCGAGGCAAUGUCGACCUGUGACCUCGAGGGCGUCUGGCUCAACGGUUUCAUCCGCGAGAUGCUCGAGGAACGUGAUGCCGCCGCCGCUUACAAGGCCAAAGGCAAUGGCAAUGUCGACGGUAACGGGACGGUCGCAAAGGCCCGCCAGACUGACAAGGCGCUUCAGGACGCCGUCUUCCAGGCCGAGCGUCUGGUCGAAGCCACCAGGACUGCUCUGCUGUCCUACCAGACUCAAUUUGCCAACGGCGACGGCGGCGGUGGUAAACACGCGCAGCCUCCCAAUGGCUGCCAGAAGGGGCUUAAUGGAGGGCCAACCCGACGUGGCGCCACCUCCCGUGAGCUUAGUGGUGAGAUGGGGGGCGAUACCACCAAGGCUUGA